CAUUUUUCAUCUCUCAAAUGUUGAACCUAGCAGUUGGAUAGAUUAGCCAUAAAUAAGGAAUUUGCAAGAAAGAGACACAGCUGCUUGAUGGACAUGCCUCUGUUUUCGUUCCAACUUGUAAAUAAUCCUACGAGCAAAUCGUGAGGGCUACCCAGGCAUCUUCUCUCUUGAAAGGUUUCACAAACUGUACGAAGAUAGAAACCGAAUGUCUGAACAUUCCAUGGGAUUUACGGUUAAUCGAAAGUCUCCUGCACUGGGUUUUGUUUAAACAUUUCGUAUUUGCUAUCUUCUCCACCUAUUUCAAAUUCUGGGGCGUGUCCAGAAGCUUCUAAUGGUUUGAACUUUCAAUUAUGGAGGUUGGAGGAAAUGGGGAAAUGCAAAGUUAGGGCUCUGCUAUUAAUAAUACCUUUUCCUUCAUGAUAGUCAGAUUAGGACUCUUAGUUGCUGCUUCUAUCGCAGCUUAUUCUGUUAAGCAGCUAAACGUUAGAAGCACAAAAUCAUCAGCUUCUCAAUCAGAUUUUCAUUCUAUUCAUGCUUCAGAACAUGGCAGAAGAAGGUCCAAAAAGCAUCAAGAAAAGGGAACAGAAGAAGAGCAGGCCGCGUGUUCUACUAAAGGUCUCAACGAGAAGGAAUGGGAGGAGGAAGAGGAAGAAGAGGAGGUUAAGUUAAUUAGCAGCAUAAUUAAUCGUGCUCAUGAUUUUGAAGACGAAAUUCUACCUGAAUUUGAGAGUCUUCUAUCUGGGGAGAUUGAGUUUCCUCUAUCCAGGAGCGGGUCUGAGAAGGCUGAGAAAGACAAAGUUUAUGAAACUGAGAUGGCAAACAAUGCAACUGAACUAGAACGAUUGAAGAACCUGGUAAAGGAAUUGGAGGAGAGGGAAGUGAAACUCGAAGGCGAAUUGCUUGAGUACUAUGGGUUGAAAGAGCAGGAAUCAGACAUUGUGGAACUGCAGAGGCAGUUAAAAAUUAAGACAGUUGAAAUAGGUAUGCUUAAUAUUAAAAUCAAUUCCUUGCAGGCAGAGAGAAAGAAGCUUCAAGAAGAGCUAGAACAGGUAGGCUCAGCCAAGAGGGAACUUGAGGCGGCCAGGAGCAAGAUAAAGGAGCUGCAAAGGCAAAUACAGCUUGAGGCUAACCAGACAAAAGGCCAGUUGUUGUUGCUUAAACAACAAGUUUCUGGUCUCCAGGCAAAAGAAGUAGAAGCUGUCAGGAAAGAUGCUGAAAUUGAUAAGAAGCUGAAAGCUCUGAACGAGUUAGAGGUAGAGGCUGUUGAGCUUAAGAGGAAGAACAAAGAACUUCAACACGAGAAGAGAGAGUUAAUUGUAAAGCUCAAUGCUGCUGAAUCUAACAUGACGGAGAAUGAAAUGGUUGCCAAGGCCAGAGAGGAAGUCACCAAUCUAAGGCAUGCCAAUGAAGACCUCUUAAAGCAAGUUGAGGGACUUCAAAUGAAUAGGUUUAAUGAAGUUGAAGAGCUUGUAUACCUUCGAUGGGUCAAUGCAUGUUUGAGAUAUGAGCUCAGGAAUUACCGGGCCCCUCCAGGAAAAAUAUCAGCACGUGAUCUCAACAAGAGUCUUAGCCCAAAAUCUCAGGAGAAGGCUAAGCAGUUGAUGUUAGAAUAUGCUGGAUCAGAACGUGGGCAAGGAGACACAGAUCUUGAUAGCAACUUCUCCCACCCCUCAUCGCCUGGCAGUGAAGAUUUUGACAAUACUUCUGUUGAUAGCUCUACUAGCAAAUAUAGUAAUCUUAGCAAGAAAACUAGCUUAAUCCAAAAGUUGAAGAAAUGGGGUAAAGUCAAAGACGAUUCUAGUGUUCUUUCAUCAUCGCCCAGAUCUCUUUCAGGAAGCUCUCCAAGAAGGAUGAGUAUGAUGACCCAGAGACCUAAGGGUCCACUGGAAACUUUGAUGCUGAGGAAUGCUGGUGAUAGCGUGGCCAUUACUAGUUUUGGGCUGAGGGAUCAGGAAACCGAUUCUCCUGACAAAGUUCCAUCUACUGACUCCCUGCAUUCAGUUGCAGCUUCAUUCCAAUUGAUGUCCAAAUCAAUUGAUGGGUCUCUAGAUGAAAAAUAUCCUGCAUAUAAAGACCGCCAUAAAUUGGCCUUAGAAAGGGAGAGACAUAUCAAAGAAAAGGCUGAGCAAGCAAGAGUGCAGAAGUUUGGUGACAAUUUGAACUUGGCCAAGGCUGAAAGAGACAAGUCUGUGUCUUUGCCGGCAAGACUUUCUCUAAUAAAGGAGAAGACAUUUGUUUCUGGCAGUCCCAACGAUCAAUCUGAGAAUGCUAAUGAUGUUGAUAAUAAAACCAUUAGCAAGAUGACACUGGCUCACAUUGAAAAAAGGCCUCCAAGGGUGCCUCGGCCACCUCCUAAGCCAUCUGAUGGUGCUACUGUCAGUACAAAUUCAAAUCUUUCCAAGGAAGUACCACCUGCUCCACCUAUUCCUCCUCCACCUCCUCCUCCUCCACCAGGAAGCCUUAGAGGGGCAAUGGGUAAUGAUAAAGUUCACAGGGCCCCUGAGCUUGUUGAGUUUUACCAAACAUUGAUGAAGCGGGAGGCUAAGAAGGAUACUUCAUCAUUAAUUUCCUCAACAACUAAUGCAUCUGAUGCCAGGAGCAAUAUGAUUGGGGAAAUUGAGAAUAGAUCGUCAUUCCUCUUAGCUGUGAAAGCUGAUGUAGAAACACAAGGUGAUUUUGUCAUGUCCCUGGCAAAUGAAGUUCGAGCAUCCUCCUUCUCAAACAUUGGUGAUUUAGUGGCCUUUGUUAACUGGCUAGAUGAGGAACUCUCUUUCCUGGUUGAUGAACGAGCUGUCCUCAAGCACUUUGAUUGGCCUGAAGGGAAAGCAGAUGCUCUGAGGGAAGCAGCGUUUGAAUAUCAGGAUCUGAUAAAAUUGGAGAAACAAGUUUCCUCCUUCCAUGAUGAUCCCAAUCUUCCAUGCGAAGCUGCUUUGAAGAAAAUGUACUCAUUGCUUGAAAAAGUGGAGCAAAGCGUAUAUGCACUCUUACGUACGAGAGAUAUGGCUAUUUCACGGUACAGGGAAUUUGGAAUCCCAGUAAAUUGGUUGUUAGACUCCGGAGUUGUUGGCAAGAUCAAGCUUUCUUCUGUGCAACUGGCGAAGAAGUAUAUGAAACGUGUUGCAUCUGAACUCGAUACAUUAUCUGGACCAGAGAAAGAACCAAUGAGAGAAUUCCUGAUUUUGCAAGGUGUCCGCUUUGCUUUCCGUGUUCAUCAGUUUGCAGGAGGCUUUGAUGCAGAGAGCAUGAAGGCUUUUGAAGAACUGAGAAGCCGCAUCCAUGCUCAAGGAGGUGAAGAUAAUAAACCCGAAGAAGCAUAAAGCAUUAGCACAAGAUUUUUUUUCCACCUUUCUGAUAUAUUUGGAUCUUUCACAGAUGUAUAUUUCACAUCGUGCUUUUGCUUGUAUAAUUUGUUUAGCCUGUACAUAUUGGCUUCUCUACAAUAACGCAAUCAUGAAUGUCAUUUCUGCCCGAAAAAAUAAUAAAAAUAAUAAAAUAUUAGAAAUGUUUUA